AUGGCUGAAGCGCCGCCGCCGCGGCGGCAGAGGAUAACCAUUGGCGGACCUUGCCAGUGCAAGGUCAAUGACCGGUGGCUCGAUGCCCGCGUGGACUCGGUGCGCACUAUCGAGGAAACGGAGUACUUCCGGAUCCUUUUUAAGGGCGGGCUUAGGCGCUACGACGGUGAUUACCCGAAGACGGAUAUCCGGCCAGCUGCUGACACGAUGGAGGAGGAGCAGCCAGUCGAGGACGAUGCGUCGAGCGAGUCGGACCGGCCGCCCGCCAAGUGCCAGGCCUGCAACGGCAGCCACAGGCGCCACACGUGCGGCCGCGGCGGCUGGGGCAGCAAGACACAAAAGAAGCAGCGGAGCCCCCCGGCGCCCGCGCCGGCACAGACGCGCCGCAAGCGGGCUCGCACCGGAGAGCCCGACGAGGCCGCCGCUCCUGCGCCGGCGCCGGCGCCCGCUGAGGCUGCGCCACCACCGCCACCGUCGCCGGCGCCGCCAGCGUCCGCUCCCGAGAAUGAUGACGAGUCCGACGAGUCCACUGCCGCCGGUGCGCCUGUAGCGCCGCAGCUGUCCGCGGCCGAGAUAUACGAGCUCCUGCAGUCGGAUGACCCGGACGUUGUCUCUCGCGGGAUUCCUCUGAUCGGCUCGCUAUCACUGGAUGAGGAACUGCGAGAUCUCAUCCUUUCCUUGCGUUUGCGACUGAACCAGUCCGAAAGGAGGCUGGGCCGCGCGAACGAGGAGAUUGCGCGCCUGCGCGCGGAGCGCGACGCGCGUGGUCGCGGCCGGCCGCCAGCGCCGGCGCGUCUCGCGCCCGCGCCGCCUCCCGCGCCGCGGCAGCCGGCGCGUGCGGCUCUCGCGGCCGCGCCCCGCCCCGCGCCGCGGCGGCGGCCCCGCGUGCCCGCCGCGGCGCAGCGGUCAGAGCCCCCACUGGAGCACUGGCGGGAAUUUACUGAGGCGCAACCCGAAACUACGAGGUCGUCGCGGCGUUCCAGAAGGGUCACUUCUCGUUUGGAUAACCACCUGCGGGAGACCCUGGACUUUCAAGGAGAGGGGCAGACGCGCGAGAUGCAGCUGUGGGUCGCGAAGACGCCAGCCGAGUUGGCUGCGGCGCGGACGCUCCUGACCGAAGGAUUCACCGCCCCAGGCCGGCCCCCCACGUCGGCGGUUAAAGAUAUCAUCAGGAGCGAAACGCGCGAUUUCGAAACCGUCCGGUUCGUCUGCAUCAGCCGUGCGGACGCACCGCUCGCUCCUGUCUCCGCCGCGGCUGUCGUCACGGCUCGACCCCUGCGCCUGGGCGGCUACAACGAUACGGACCGGCUGCGAGUGCGCCUGUUGUGUACUAAGGCGAAUGUGCGGCAAAGAGGCUAUGCCAAGUUUCUUUUGCGAAACCUCGCUCGUAUCGCGGCGCAGCGCGGCAUGCCGCGGACCUUCGUGGAGGCCGUGAGACGAGAUGACGAUUUCUGGGAAAGGUGUGGUUUCCGAGAGAUUAGCGACGCCGAGCGCGUGCAAUUAGACAACCAACUCAAGAGAACAUCGGAACAGGCGCUGUUUAAGAACACCGUCGUCGUCCAGGCCGCCGCAAGCUUCGAAUUUCACGCGAGGUUAUUCCAGUUGCGCGUGGGCUCGAAUGUGAUUUUCGUACCCAUCGAUUCUGAUGAGCGUGCCCAGGGGACCAUCGUCGAGCUUGAUGAUGAGUCCUGGCAGUCGUGCACCCUUCAGACGGGCGGCGCGUCCGAACGCACGACGUACGACGGUACCGACGUCUUCGACAUUCGGCGCGUCGGCACGAAGACGUGUCCGAUAUGCAGUGAGACAAGGCGCCACGACGAGAUGAACCGCCAGCCCUGUUGCCCCGCUUACCUUUGUGUCAUCUGUGAUGCUCAGUUGGACAAGUGCUAUAACUGCCGCACAGAAAAAGCGUAAGCAGCUUGUGUAUG